AUGAAAAUUAAUCUUACCGAAGCUCUUAUUUUUUAUGAAUCCAACAUAGCCAUAUUUUCUAGGCAUCUAAUCAUGCUUUUCAGAUUUGCUGGAGUAGAUGUUAAAAACUACCGCUAUUACGACAAGAACACAUGUGGAUUUGAUGAAGCAGGAGCACUUGCUGAUAUUGCUGCAAUCCCUAAAGGAUCAAUCAUUCUGCUUCAUGCGUGUGCUCACAACCCUACCGGAGUUGAUCCUUCUAAAGAACAAUGGAAAAAGAUCUCUGAAAUCUGUAAAAAGAACGAGCUGUUCGUCUUUUUUGACAUGGCUUACCAAGGAUUUGCCUCAGGAGAUAUCGACGGUGAUGCUUACGCUGUACGUUAUUUUAUUGACCAAGGACAUAACAUCUGCCUCGCUCAAUCGUUUGCCAAAAAUAUGGGAAUGUACGGAGAGCGAAUAGGAGCUUUUUCUGUGGUGUGCCAGGAUGCUGAAGAGGCAGCCCGCGUUGCUUCACAACUGAAGAUUCUCAUUCGCCCUCUUUAUUCGAAUCCACCCAUUCACGGUGCUCGUAUUGUCAUGAAAAUCCUCAACGAUCCAGCUCUCUAUAAACAAUGGUUGGUAGAUGUAAAAGGCAUGGCCGAUCGUAUUAUUUCGAUGCGAAAGCAGUUGCGAGAUUUACUUGCCAAGGAAGGAUCUAAGCGUAAUUGGCAGCACAUAACUGAUCAAAUUGGAAUGUUCUGCUUCACUGGAAUUAACCCUCAACAGGUAACGUUUUCUCUUCAAAACGAAGUGGAAAAGCUGAUCAAAGAGCAUUCUGUCUAUCUAACAAAAGACGGGCGAAUUUCUGUGGCUGGAAUCUCUUCAAAUAAUGUUGGUUAUUUCGCUAGAGCUCUACAUGCUGUCACCAAAUAA